CCUUACUAGCACACCAGAAGCUAUUCACCACCUAGACUUAGACCCUGAUCAAGACGAGUAGCAGCGUCGACGGCACGGCAGCAUCCACGUUCUGCCUCUCCGUAUACAGCAUGCCCGGCUAUCCUGACGAUCCUCUGGCGCCCAGACCGAGGGAACGUCGACGAGACCGAUACGAUGACGACUAUGAUAAUGAAAUAUACCGGAGACCUACGACAAAAACGCGUGACCCGUCUUACGACGCACCUCAACCACCUCGUGCGAGUCGAAGACGAGACAUCUACGAUGCGAGUGAUGAAGAAGACGAAUAUGUGCCCAGACGGAAGCACAAAGAAGAAAGGCCCGCGGCGAAAGAGAAACCACAAGUUGAACCAGAGAUUCCACCGCCUCCGAUAGGUGACGAUCGCAAGCAAUAUGCUACCAGUGGACGCAAGCAUCAUCGAGAUCAUCCCUCGCCACCUGAGCCUACGUCCACUCGCGAGAAACCGAGUGCCAAAGCGAAAGAUGGCUAUCCAGAUAUCGCAGAUGGAGAGUAUCCGAGGCGGCACCGAAGUGCACGCGGCUCGCGAGAGGAAGACGUGGGCGCCGAUCGAGAUGCCGACCGCAAGUAUCAGAGCAAGAAGGCCUCCAACCCGCCCUCUGAUGACGAAGAUGGAGCUCGCCCACUUGAUCGGAAGCACUCGAGAAGAAGCCGGAAUCCCUACGAUGACGAAGUCCCCGUUGCCAAUGAACGCAGACAGCGCAAGGAAGGGAGAUCGCCAUAUGAUGCGGAUCCAGAGCCUGCCCCUGUAGCACGAAAGCACGGUCACCGACAUAGAGAUGACUACGAUGACAUUGAGCCACCGAGACGUCAGAAAGUUCGAGAUCCAGUCGAUGAGGAACCAGUCCGUCGUAAAGAUCCAUACGCUGAGCCGCCUCGUCGUCGCUCCAGGCGAGCUGCGUAUCCUCCAGAAGAUAGCGACGAAUACGAUCCGCCACCACGACGCCGAGACGAUCGGGACAGACGUCGUCAAGAGGACUUUGGCUAUGGCACCGACCGACCACGCCGCGCCGCACGAGAUGACCCAUACGAGCGUGGCUACAGAACCGAUGGCCGGGACGCCAGGCGGGACCGUGAUCGCGAUCGCUAUGCUGUCAAGCGUGACCCGAGACGCGAUGACCGGAGACGAGACGACAAAUAUGACAACGAAUACGACGGCUACCACGACAGACGCAGAGGCAGCAAGCCGCGAAACGGAAAACAUGGCGGCUUCGACAUGGACAACAUUGUCCACAAAGGCCAAAAGACCUGGGAAAAGGCUGCACCUGUGGCAAAACCAUUGUUAGCUCAGCUUGCUAACACUUAUUUGAACAACGGCAGACCGGGCGGUGGAGUGCCCCAUUAGCGAACAGUUGCUACUUACUCCAAUGGCGCAAAGUGGCGUUUGCAUGCAGCUUCCGGAGAAGUGUUCAGCGAUCGACGAUAUGAAUGUCCGGAAGUGCGAGGCGAUGAGAAAUUGGCGUGGUCUCUUCUCCGUAUUUUUUUGUACUUUUUGUACUUCACUCAUGAAUAGAACUCCCCUUAUCCAAGAGUGCUUUCAUCAGGCCGCCAUGGCACAGGCUCUUGGCUAUAUCGACCAGUCCUCAGUCGCGAGUCGUUUCCGCCCCUCGCUACGUGAUAUUUGGUACUGCGA